CUUCCCGAUUUUACCCUCCGGUCCCGCUUUCCCGAUCGGGAAAGCAAAAUUACCCUAAAAUCCCGAUUUGAAAUUUUUUCCGACCAAAAUUUCCGAUUUCACGAUUGAAAACGAGUUUGAAAGCGGGAUAAUCGUGAAAUCUCGUGACCAGAAUUGGAAAUCCCGCGUCAUUUCUGAACUGGCCAAUCAGAAAUCGGGACAAUAGUCAGCCAUUGCUGUUUACCUGUGUCGCAUGGUGUCGGGUUGGUCUGCCUGUGUCGGGGUGUUUAUUGGACAGUACGAAGCAUGUUUUGAUAGUAAUUAAUCGGGAAGACGGAUUUCAAAUUGACCUAUCCUUUACACAAACGUGAAUGACAACGAUGCUAGUGUCACCACCAAACAAUCGGACAUUCCGCCUCUUGCUGACAGCAUCCAAAAUUUGCAAUAAGAUGUCAUGGGUGCAAAGGUUUUGUUCGCAAACUUCAUAGCAGGGCAGAUCACUCCUUUUUUUGGUUGCAAUGCAGAUUAUUCCACCAGUCUCUGCAAGCCCAUGUUUACAGACAAGCAAGAUCGCCUUUGCAGUCGUACCUAUAUGCAUGUGCUUUAAUUUUUUGAUAUAUAGACCGACCAAUGUUUAUUGUAUGAUGUAAAAGAAUGCAACCUUAAAUAUUAUUUGAUAUUAUGUAUGUGACUUGUUGGAGAAGAUUUUUUGCUGAAUAGAUGAUUUUAAUAAAAUAUUAAUGUAUAUCUUUCAAAGUUUUUUUUAUAUAGUUAAUGGUCAAACACAUUUGAUGUUGUGUUAAUAUAUGAUACAUUAACAAUGAUUUGAUUGAUAUUUUAUUUGAAAGGACAAAUAUUUAUUUUCAUGCUAAAAUGUCGUGAAUUUUGAGCUUUGAAAAAAGGUCGUCGCGCGCUAAAUCCCCCAUGGGGAUUUUUAAAAGUUGGCAUGUAUGAACCCGCUACUCUCACUUCUGAACGCUAAGCGUUAAUAAGUUAUUCAGUUGCAUGGGUUUCUCACAGCCAAGAUAGGAACGGGGCUUGAACUCACAAUCUCCCAAAACAUAAGGCGAACGAUCUAACCACUGAAUUACCGCGACCUGUUCGCAAAGGUUUACUAAUAGACGUAAUCUAUACUGAUUGUCACUGGGUUUUAAUUUUACAUACUUAUAUAAUACCUAUCAUUAACUUUUCAGGGUACAUGGAAAAUGUCCAUAGAGCAGACGAAGACCACGCCAUUCUCCUUAACGUAACAGAUCACAGGCACAGUUUAACCCAUGGAUCUGCAUGGAUGUCGGCUGAUCCUAAGUUAGUAGAGCAUGCGAUUCAUGAAGAGGAAAAGAAAGCCAAAGAAAUGGAAAAGAAGCUCGAGAGCUACCUCAUCGAAACUGGCAUCGAGGGACAGGUUGUAAUGGUGAAAGGUGAACCGGGACCUACUGUAAUCAAGAUUGCGGAGGAAUACAAUGCUGCCUACAUUGUGACUGGAACAAGGGGUCAUGGGAAAAUUAGAAGAACUAUUUUAGGAAGUGUGAGUGACUAUGUGAUGCAUCAUUCCCCGGUUCCCGUUCUUAUCUAUAGGAACUAGUUUCCACCCUACGCACAUUUUAGAUAGGCUACAGACCCAGGUGUCAACAAAGCAGCAGAAUCAUUUGAUAUACAUGUACAUAUGUAGUUAUUGAUUGGUCUAAGAUAUGUUGUAUUAGAAACGAAUGUAUGUAUAAACUACCCACGUUUAAGCAUGCAACUAUAUUUUAAUUAACAAAGCUUCCAGAAUAUUUAUACAUUCUAUCUUUAUGAUUACUAUUUGCAAUAGCCAUUCCAAAAAAACGUACGAAGAUGUGCACUAUAAUUGCAGCCAUGAAGGAACAAAGUGCGCCUGGUUUGGUCAAUCUACCGAUAAGCGAAGAUAUUCCAUUUAAUGCUUUUAUAAGUAUUCGCUGUAAUUCAUGUGCGUGCAUGGAGGUGUGUUGUGUGCUUAUGAUUUAACUCUUUCUUAACAAUCUUUUAUGAUCUCUUUACGGAUGCUGUGUUGCUUAAUAAUAAUUUUCCAUAUACUUGUAAUUGCCCCUGCAUCUAAUAUACAUACAACAUCUGUCCAUCUAUAUGAUAAGUUUAUACAAAUUAUGUUGAAUAGUAUUGUAGUUGUAAUAAAGGAAGAAUACAAC